UGGAGCCACCUGGUUCGUGAUUCGUCCAGUGGUGAGGGAUAACUCAAGGGGUGAUCGUACACCGCGAGAGAGAGAGGGGUGUUAAGGAAAUCACGUAUUGACGCGUUUGCGUGGUCACGCCGGCGCGUUGCUUCCGUAGAGAAUCCCGAGUGGAGGCGCCGAGGGGAAGAGAAUACUGAAAAGCUCUCGCGGAGGUCGGGCCAGUUUCGAUCGCUCAAUAUUCAACCCCUCGCCAGACGGGAGUGCCGAGAGAGAGAGCGCGCAGCGGCUCCUACAGACGGGGGGUACGAAUCGACGUACUUUCAUUCCUUCCUUUGCGCCCUCGCCUGCGGAGAGCUGUUCGAUCGCGGCCAACGUUCCAGACGGCCGGAGGAAGUCCUUAGCCCACGAAAAAGAUUUAGGCGCGCGGCUGGCAGCAUAAUUUUCCGUUUGUCUGUCUGUCUGUCUGUCGCCCCAGAAAGCACCAGCCUUUUUCUCGCGCUUCCUCAUCUUUCUCAUCGUCGGGACAUUUUCCGCCGCCGUGCUGCGAGAUGGAGGGCAAGAAAGUCGAGCAGUACUACACCCCUCCGCCGAAGCUUGGAAAAUGGGAGGGCUUUCGCAUCUUCCUCUGGAACUCCGAGACGGGACAGUUCUUGGGGCGUACAGGCGCUAGUUGGGCUAAGAUUUUGCUGUUCUACGUGAUUUUCUAUGCCGUCCUAUCUGGUUUCUUUGGUGCGAUGCUCGCCGUGUUCUAUCAAACGUUGGACCCGAACGCACCAAAAUGGAAGCUGGAUAACUCGCUGAUUGGUACCAACCCGGGUCUCGGUUUCAGACCAAUGCCUCCUGAGAGCAACGUCGAAAGUACCUUGAUUUGGUACAAGGCUAGCGAUGAGGGUAAUUACCUUCACUGGACCAACAUGUUGGACAAAUUCUUGAAAGAAUAUCAAAAACCGACGAGCGGUACAAACGACUUUGACCGAAGAGUGAUCUGCGAUUAUGGUAAGCCAGCGCCACAGGGAAAAGUGUGCGACGUCGAUAUGGCCAACUGGGGUCAAUGCACGAAGGAAAACAAAUACGGCUUCAACAAAUCUGCGCCUUGCAUUUUCUUAAAACUAAAUAAGAUUUUCGGAUGGGAACCGCAAUUCUAUAACGAUACGAAAAACUUACCGUCUACGAUGCCAGUAGAUCUUCAGGAGCAUAUCAGACAGGAGGAAGUUGCCAACAGAUUGGACACCGUGUGGGUAUCCUGUGCUGGCGAACAUCCGGCCGAUGUGGAGAACAUGGGCGCUAUUCAAUACAUUCCACGACGCGGUUUUCCCGGUUAUUAUUUCCCGUUCGUAAAUACUCCGGGAUAUUUGAGCCCUCUUGUAGCUGUGUUCUUCGAAAAGCCCAAAUACGGAGUGCUCAUCAACAUCGAAUGUAAGGCGUGGGCGCACAACAUUAUUCACGAUAGAUUCGAGAGACGUGGCUCGGUGCACUUCGAACUGAUGGUAGAUUAAGUCUGGAUUAUCGCGGCAAAUCGCCAGAUCACCGCUACCAACCGCGUUUAAAGUAGGAAGCCGUAAAGAGUAUAGAAAAAAAAACAAAAAAAAAAAA